ACAGAGACAUGAGAUAGAAACAGCCGGGACAGAGAGGAGCAAAAGUAACGUGUUAGCCUCUCCCACCUACUAUCUGGGGUUUCUACUACCAUAUUACCUUUUUAGGGAACGAGCAACAGAAGACGACACAGUGACGGGUUUUCUUUUAAAGAUGUUAUCGACGGUGAACGAGGUGUUUACACAGAGAGCGUAAUGUUAUGGACUGUACAUUAAGUUAGCUCACUGGCUAGCCGGAUAGUGCUGGCUAGAUGCUGCCCCGCGUCUCAAAAGGGGGGGAAACCAGCGAUGACUGACAGCGAUUUCUAUGGAUAAACUUCAAUUAAUGUGGGAUUUUUAUAAAGCUGCCAAACACAGGUUCGUCUUUGAAAAGGUUCAAUCAUCCUACCGACUGUCAUGGACAACGUGAAACCACGCAGCAAUGAUGAGGAUGAAGAGCUACACUCCACAGACCCAGAGAGUAAAGAGAAGAGCAAAGACAAAAAGACCCUGUGCAAAGUAAAGUGGUCCCGAGAUGAGGAUGAAAAACUGAAAAAACUUGUAGAGCAACAUGGAACUGACUCCUGGAAACUAAUAGCUAACUUUUUCCCAGGGAGGACAGAUGGCCAGUGUCAGCACCGCUGGCAGAAGGUGCUCAACCCAGAGCUGGUGAAAGGACCCUGGACAAAAGAGGAGGAUCAAAAGGUUAUUGACCUGGUACACAAGUAUGGCCCCAAGCGUUGGUCGGUGAUCGCUAAGCACCUCCAGGGCAGAAUUGGAAAGCAGUGCCGUGAACGGUGGCACAACCACCUUAAUCCAGAGGUGAAGAAGUCUUCAUGGACUCAGGAAGAGGACCGAAUCAUCUAUGAUGCCCACAAACGUCUUGGCAACCGCUGGGCAGAGAUCUCUAAGCUUCUUCCUGGACGGACGGACAACUCCAUCAAGAACCACUGGAACUCCACCAUGAGGAGGAAGGUGGAGCAUGAGGGGUACCUGCAAGAUGGGUCCAAGAGUUUCAAUUCUUCUCACUCUGGAGUGAAGAGACGCCACCACAGGCCUUGUCCUCCAACUCCAACAGAGCUGCAGCACUGUGACCGCAGUCCUCUACCUAUACCGGGACCCAACCAGAUAGGGGGAUAUUCUUAUGAUCCUCACAGUGGACACUUGAUGGAUAGUCUUCCUGAUAAUUCAGGCUUCAUGUCGCCAUCCUGCCUGGAUGAUCCUGACAGAGAGCAAAGAAUUAAGGAGCUUGAGCUGCUGCUUAUGUCAGCAGAGAAUGAAGUCCAACGACAAGCGCAGUGCAGAGGUCCAUGUAGUCUGGAGCAGUACUCAGCCUGGUCCGAAAGUGUGUCAGAUGACACAUUGACCACAAGUAGCAGCAGCCUAGAGGAGCAGGCCGAAAGAAGGCCCUGGAAGGGUUCUGAGAUCCCCCAGGGACCUCCGCCUCAGCUUCCUGUCUCCCCCAGCAAGUUCCUGGCUGUGGAGGCUAGCACUGUGCUCUCCACCCUGCAGACCAUACCGGAGUUUGCAGAGACCAUGGAGCUCAUUGACUCAAUGUGCUUUGCUCUUCAGGACCCUGUUGCAUGGAGUGACAUGGCCAGUUUUGACUUGUCAGAGGAAGCGACACCUCCCAGGCACAACCAGGCAGGCUACGCCACUCACCUGCAAGAGAGGCCAAUUGACAGUUCAAUGGGCUACACAGUCAACACUCCGCCUGCCAUCUCUGGUCGUGAUAAGAGCUGUGCUCAAUUUGGUCUGGGCAGUGGCAAAUCCCUGACUCCUAUCAACUCAUCCAAACCCUCCCAGACAUCCAUUGGGAGGAGGAGGAGAAGAGAGAGGGGGGAACCGUCUCCUUUGUGUGACAGAACCUGCUCCUCCUUCCUGGAAAAUAUCUCAAAUUCUCCAAAGAAGACGCCCACAAAGUCACUGCCAUUCACUCCGUCACGAUUCUGCAACAUAUCAGGGGCGGAGCAUCUGAAUCUGGAUAACCCCGCCCUCACCUCAACUCCUGUGUGUGGCCAAAGGUGUCUUCUUAACACACCUCUCCAAAAAGAAACCACACCUAAGCACCAGAAAGAGAAUGAUGGUUCACGGACUCCCAAAUUCCGUAAAACUGUUAUGAUUCCAACGCCAAGGACACCGACCCCCUUCAAAAAUGCCUUGGCUGCCCAGGAGAAAAUGCAUGGGCCACUGAAGAUGGAGCCCCAGCCAUUGGCGUUUCUAGAAGAAGACAUUCGAGAAGUUCUGAAGCAGGAGACUGGAGCGGACAUCUUUAACAGAGCAGACCUCGAGCAAGACUACAGAGCAUGGAAACAUAAUAUUGAUGGCCCAGCUAGAAAGGUGCGUAAAUCUCUUGUGCUGGACCCCUGGGGGAAAGACUGCCUAAAUGUCCAACUCUUCCAAGAGCAGCUCAACAACGCACAAAUGCCGGAUGAAAGUCUACUGACAAACUCCUCACUGAUCACCCCGAUCUCCGAGCAGGAGUGUAUCCGUUCUUUGACUUCUGGCCAAGAGGAGCCCUCAUUAGUCCCAGUACAUCCUCAUCGCUUCACCAGCCCCCGGAUGAAGAAGCUUCUUGCCUCCCACAAAGCACCAAAACAUGCCAAUGUACAGGUGAGUGAGUGGGAAGCAGUGGUUUAUGGGAAGACAGAGGACCAGCUGAUCAUGACGGAACAGGCUCGUCAGUACCUGAACCCUUACCCGUCUUCUGGCUCUACCUCAAGGGCCCUUGUGCUUUAAAGCCGUCCCCUCACUGCGCAGGCAACACUACUACGCCCCGUCCAACAACUGAAACCUCCACUGAAUCCUGUAAGAGACAAUCCAGUGAAGACAAAUGAUUUUAUUUUUUGUUUUGAAGCAGAAAUGCACUGCCAAGGACGUCCACAAAAAGGCACGGCUGCUGGUAUUGUUUUCAACACGUUUCUAGGUCACUGCCCAAGUAGUUUCUCGUUCAUAGGUUUGGCUGUAUUUUCGUUGGAAUACACACAACCUAAACAGUUUUGUACAGAUAUGAAAAGGCUAGAUUUUUUUCUGCACUAGUCAGUAAUGUUGAAACAACCUGCACAUACAGUAGGCUUUAGAAAUAGUGUUUAUUACUAGCAGUGGCUGCUUCUGAGUUUUAUAUUGUUAAUAUAUUGUUCAAAUGACAAGAAAGACAUUUUAUAAUGUAACGCUACUCAUUGUGUAUCUCCUCCAGCUUGUUUCGCUAAACUGCCCCGUUGCUGUUAUCAGAUAAAAACCACGUACAUGCAAAAUAUAUAAUUUUUUAUUGGCACUCAUGUAUUUCUAAAAUCACACACCAUGGGUUUUUAACAAGACACACACAGUACAGAAUGUAAUGUUAACAACUGCUUUUGAAGAUUAGAGUAACACAAACACAGUUACGUGGUUUUUAGUGACAGCAGUGUUACGAUGCUGAAUGCCUAUCCACGGCGAUGUGAAGUUUUUGAGGAUGGAAAUAAGAAGCUGUCAGUAUUGCACUACUGAGUUGAUUUUGCUGCUGAGAAAGGAGCAGUGUUUUUAAGGGCAAACUGGAUAGCACUUGUGAUGGUAUAUUUUUAUUAACAACAGCAUUUCCUUUCCAAGGCCAUAGUGUCUGUCGAGACAUCGGUUGAAUGUAUUUCAUUGCAAUGUACAUGUGUAAGAACCUCAAAAAUGGAAGGGUACCUUUUAAUGUUUAUUUUCUGUUUGUUUUAUUUAUUAUCUGACAGCUCUAAAGCUUAGAUAUUAAUAUAAAUCGGACACCAUGAGUUCUUAAGAAGUUUAACUUUGCUGACAAAACAGCCUAAAAACCCUCACUUGCUCUACAGCAGUUCUCUCUGUAAUAGAGAGUGAAUGGUCACCAUUGCUUCGGUCAGUCAGUUUCCGUGUGUCACGAUUGACCAGUUUUCAUAUCAUCAGUGUUCUACAACAAGCAUUUGGUCAAGAAGGAUUUACUUUUUAUGUGAAGGCUGUAGGUUUUAUUUAUUUAAUGUCUACUAAUUUAUUUAUUUUCUAAAAAAAAAAAAAAAACAUUUAAGAGAAAUUAUUGAAGAAUUUUAUUGUCUUUUCUCUUUCAAAAUCAGGAUAGGGCUACCAUUCAGUUUCAUUACUCCAAGUUAGAAGAACACGCACUGCCACUAAUUUAAUAUUUUAAUCUCUCUUUUCCCGAUCAGGCAAGAUCUAGCAAAUAAUCAUUGUGUAGUUGUAUCUGUGAUCUUGUAACAUAUAGAUAGGAGUUUAUUUUUUUUCUCCAUUGAUUCAAAUGCGUUCUUUGCUAUUAGGUAGCAGGACUCCAUCUACGACCUCUAAUCAUAAACAAAUUGCACUUUUUACUCAUUUAAUUUUAAAUGUUUAUUCAUUCUGAUGAUGUAGCUCUUGUCCUUAAUUUUAUUUUUGUUUCUUUUUGUGUGUGUGUGUGUGCGUGUGUGUGUGUGUGUGUGUGUUAGACGGUUGUCUCCCCGUUUUGUAAUGAAUGCUGACAUUAAGAUCUUGCUGCUUGAUUUCAACAUUUUUCUCCUGUUCUGCUGCAGAAGUGUGUGUUUAAAUACACUACAUUAAAGCCUUACAUUCAACUCUUUUUAUGCAGAUGUCUCUGGGCAAAAACAGGCCGUCAUUAUUAUUUUUAUUAUUAUUAUUAUUAUUAUUAUUAUAACAAGAUCCAAAUUUGAUCCCUGCAGCAGCCAGCGUCUCAAUAACCUUUUAUCCUGCUGAACCCCUACCCGCUCACUCGUGAUUUGACACUGCAUUACAACAAAAUGCUUAAAUGUAAUGUAAAUAUGCACAAAUUUAGCUGUGAUUUUUUUUUUGAAGAAAUGUACUACACUGUGCUUCCAUAUUUACCUGGCAGAUUCAUGACAUUUUUAACCAUCCUGGAACAAAAAUUACUAUAAUCUGGUGAGGUAACACUACGGCUAUAAAUGGUGUUUUUUGUAUUAUCGGCAUUAGUGGAUCCAGUAUCAGUUAUAAUCUGGAUUAUCCUGCAUUAAGCAUUUGAGUGAGAAUAAGAAGGGAAUCUUGUCAGGGAGAUCAAGUGGAAAGAUCAGGAGUAUACAGUACACAACUUUAAAACAGAAAGUAGACUAACAUCCAUAUACAACCUUUGUAUUUGAAUCUGGUGGCUGAGAUGUGUCUAAUCUGUAUAUAAUUGUGAUAUAUGUUCUGUUUGUUGGUUUGACUUGUGUUUGUACAUUCCAUUUGUCAAGUCCAAGUUAAUAUGUUUGUACGUUAACAUUUGGCUAUGUAACAUCAUAGGUUUUGAGGGAAUUAAGUACAUAUACAGGAUAGUAGCAGCUCUUAUAUACUACUGUAGUUAUGCAUGAGCAAUACACAAGAUGCUGGACUUUGCUUUAACCGAUGAGGUGAAUCACAGAUGUAACACUCACUCUAUAUUUUGUAGCAUUUUCAGUUGAAAUCAUAACCAAGGUACCAUAGAAAUCCUGCCAACUGUCUUCGUAACCGUGUACUUAAUUUGGAAAAAUAAAUGCAUAUGUUGCAUGACAUCUGUGGCAUUUUA